AUGAUCCAUACGAAAACCGGACCGGUUCGCCGGAUCCUGACUUUUCCGGCCGUGCAACCAUUCGAGUCAAUCUCCGUAGUCACACUACUCGACUCGCUGAUUCAACUCGCCGGCGACAUUCUCGUAUUCAAGCCAAAACACUCCUCCACCAACAAACGAAGCUUCCAAGAAACUCUCAGGCAUAUACAAAACCUAGCUCUCGUCUUCAAGGAGAUCCAGAUCCGGGUCGAGAAUCCGAGAAGCUACUUCCCUGACUCUACCGCCGUCUCGAGCCUCUCGGAGAUCCACGUCAUCUUCCAGAAGCUCAAGUUUCUUCUAGAAGACUGCACUAGAGAUGGAGCUAGGUUACAUAUUCUGAUGAGCUCGGAUCAAGUCUCGGAUCAUCUCCGGGUCCUAACAAGAUCCAUUUCCACCAUCCUUAGCACUUUUCCACGCUCCUCCGUUGACUUACCUAACGAAGUCAACGAGCUGAUCGACCUAGUGGUGCGGCAAACCCGUAAGUACAACGUCCAAUCCGAGCCGGAUGAUAAACGAGUCAUCACCUCCGUUUAUCGGAUCCUUGCUCUGUUUGAAAACAGAGUGAUCCCUGAUCGGGAUGAAAUAAACGGGAUCCUGGAUCACGUAGGGAUUAAAAAAUGGGGAGAUUGCAUCAAAGAGAUCAACUUUCUCGGAGAAGAGAUAGCGACGGAGAGGUUAGAGAAGAAGAAGAACAACAACAAUAACGCUCGAGUCGAGCUUCUCAGUAGCUUAAUUGGUUUUAUAUGCUACUGCAGAUGCGUGAUACUGCGACGGUUCGAGAGAAAUGAUCGUCAUCAUCGUUAUCAUGACGAUGGUAAUGAGAAAGAUCAAGACUUGAUUCGAGGAUUAAAAGUUGAGGAUCUCUUUUGUCCAAUUUCUCUAGAGAUUAUGAUAGAUCCUGUAGUUAUAGAAACAGGGCACACAUAUGACCGGAGCUCCAUCACGAAAUGGUUCGGAUCCGGGAACAUCACGUGCCCGAAAACCGGAAAGAUUCUGGCGAGUACUGAGUUAGUCGAUAACGUUUCCGUGAGAAAAGUGAUUCAGAAACACUGCAGAACAAACGGUGUCGUUUUAGCAAGGAUUGGACGGAGAAAGAAGACUCACGACGACAUGGUGCCAGAGAGUUUGGCUGCAAAAGGAGCAGGCAAACUCAUCGCUAUGUUUCUCACUUCAGAGUUAAUCAAUGGUGGUGAAGAGACGAUAUACAGAGCCUUGAGAGAGAUUCGUGUUCUGACUAAGACAAGUAGAUUUAACAGGUCUUGUCUGGUCGAAGCUGGUGCUGUGUGUCCGCUUUUGAGUCUCCUGAGCUCCGGAGAUUCCAGGAUUCAAGAGAACGCAAUGGCUGGACUUUUGAAUCUCUCAAAAGACGUCGUCGGAAAAUCUAAAAUCGCUGGAGAAGAAGGGUUACGGAUCAUCGUAGAGAUUCUCAACGAAGGAGCUAAAACAGAGACGAGACUAUACUCUGCUUCUGCUCUGUUUUGUCUCUCUUCCGUUGAAGAUUACAGUAGAUCGAUCGGAGAAAACCAAAACGCGAUUCCUGGAUUGAUGAAGAUCGUUAAAGGAGAUGAAUUCAGCGAUUCAGCGAAACGCACCGCUUUGCUCGCGGUUAUGGGUUUGUUAAUGCAAUCCGAUAAUCAUUGGCGUGUCCUCGCCGCCGGAGCUGUUCCGAUUCUUCUCGAUCUAUUGCGAUCGGAAGAAAGCGGCGACGAACUCACGGCGGAUUGUUUAGCGACGCUUGCGAAAUUAGCCGAGUAUCCCGACGGGACGAUCGGGGUGAUCCGUCGUGGCGGGUUGAAACUGGCGGUGAAGAUUUUAUCUUCGUCGGAAGUUUCGUCGGCGGUGAAGCAGCACUGUGUUGCUCUGGUUUUAAGCCUUUGUCUUAACGGAGGAAGUGACGUCGUUGGGGUUCUGGUGAAGAACUCGUUGGUAAUGGGAUCGCUUUACACGGUGUUAAGUAACGGAGAAUAUGGAGGAAGUAAAAAGGCUAGUGCGCUUAUCAGAAUGAUACACGAGUUUCAAGAGAGGAAAACCGGUUUAGUUGAACCGGAUCUUCAAAGAGGACGGUUCGUUCACGCUUGGUGA